AUGGUGGCAGUAGAUCCAUCUAUCUGUGAUGAGUUUGGUUGGAUGGAUGGAUGGGAAGAGACUCAAAGCACAGUCCAGUAUGCAAUUGUCUCCAAAGGGGGUUCUGUUUGCAAUACAAAUUUUGGUGAUGAUAUAUUUUUUAUGGCUGUCAAUGAUGCUUGCUUUUUCAUUGUUUGUCCUGCAAGAGUUGUGCCCCCAGAAAUUCUUGGAAGGACAGCCCUUAGCUCCUCUCUUCCAACUAGAAUGGUGUUAUUUGAGGUAUUCUGGUUUGUUUUGCUUAUGCACACCAGGCUGCUUAGCCGGAAUAGGCAAUUACCCCUUCGCCUCGCCAAGGCCUUGAUUCACCUGACUACCGCUUUCCUACCAACUGCCCAUUCUCAGAUGUGGGCAAACACGAAAUACAUGCUCAACAACUCGUUGAUCACCCCGUGCGGUCCCAGAGAGGCCCUGUAUAGUCUGACAAGAGCGUUG